AUGGAACUUCAUUAUCCAUCAGCUUAUUCAACACCGACUACUUUAAUUAAUUCACAAAUUAAUGAUUUAUAUCCAACGAAUUCUGUUGAUAAUCAUCAUCAUACUACUACUAAUACUACUCAUCCUACUAUUACUACUACUACUGAUCAAUUGUGUUCAGUGUCACCUUCAUUUGAAUUAUCAACAAAUCAAAAUCUAUAUUAUUUAAAACAGUAUCAAAAUAAUACUGAUGAUUAUAAUAAAAUUGAAAAUUUAACAAACAGUUUACUCAAUAGUGAACAAUAUGAUACAAUUAAACCAUUCGAUUUAUUAGAAACCAAUUCACAAUUCAAUUUUGGUGAAUCCUCUUCAAGUAUGGAAAUUAAUGAAAAUUUAACCAAUUGUUUUAAUCAGACAAACGAAAUUGAACAUAGUACACCAAGAAAUUGGUGUUUAAGUCCAUCUUGGAAAAAAAAUCAAUAUGUUCACUAUUCUUAUACAAAUUAUUCACCUGAUACUUAUCAUCAUCAUUAUAAUGAACAAAUACUACAGCAGAAUAAUCAAACCAAUGAAACGUUGAACACAUGUCAAUUGUUCAAUAAUUUAUUUUAUGAAAAUGCGAUCGAUAAUAAUUAUGAUAUAGUGAAAACAACGGAACACGUUCAAUUGUCUAAUCCGUUAGGAUUGAAUUUUGAUCAAUAUGACUCAUCAUUGUAUGCAUCAUGUCAACCUUUCAAUACUACGAACACUACUAUAACUACUACUACUAUUAAUACUACUAACAGUUCUACGAUUAUUGAUAACAGUGAAUCAAGCGGUCAGUAUAAAAAAGAUAAUCCUACAGAUUACCUGAUGAAAUUACAUCAGCAUUUCCCGCCGGCUCCUGAUGACCAACCAGUGAUUUAUCCAAUAAAUGACGAUGAGAAUUUACAUAUGUUUCAAACAAAUCCAAUCUUGAAAUCGGAACAUCUUAUCAAUGCCAGAACAAAUAAUGAACAUUGUUGCUGUCACUUAUGUUGUCCCUUAGAAACUACUAAUCCUAUUAUGAAAGCAUCUCAGUCAAAUGUUUAUCAAUCAAAUUGGACCAAUUAUCCUCAAACAAUAUUUAAUCCUUGCUCUUCUGCAUCAUUAUUGAAUUUCCCGCAUUUUUCAUUCAAUGAUCAAUAUGUCAAUAAUAAUCAAGUUAGUGUUGAUCAUAAUAAUAAUAAUAAUGAUGAAAAUUUAAUUGUACAUAAAAGGAAACAUUAUAAAAAGCGUUUUGAUCAUGAAACUAAUCAGAAAUCUCAACAACAACAACACCAACACCAACUCGUCACGCCGACGAUGACGCCAACGUCGAUGCCAACAGCGGCGACAACAACAACAUCAGCGGCAACAACAAUCUCUUCUAGAAAUUCACAGAAUACAUCAAAGUUGACUAUGUUAUUUCCAAUUAGUAUGGAACAAUUAACGAAACUUCUUCCACCAGUUUCAUGUGAACAAAUCUGUCAAAUACUACAUCGAUAUAAUCCACCUAAUACAAUGGCACAAUUUCAAACAAUACGUAUUGAUCAUUUGUUUACGCCUACAUCAAACACCACAUCAAAUACCACAAUAAAAAAUUAUCCUAUUUAUUUUCGAUUAAGAGAACAAAAAAUUUGGUCAGAUAUAUUUUUGCAUAAUACAGAAAUGAUAGCUACAAAUACUGGAAGACGAAUUUUCCCAUCAUUAUCAGUGGAUGUAUAUGGUUUAAAUCCAAUCGAGGAGUAUAUUUUCUUAUUAGACAUGUUAUUGAUACAACCACAUAUUUUUAAACAUCAAGGUGAUCGAUGGAUUGUAAAUAGUCAGUCAGAAAUUUUGAAUCAAUCACAAACAUUAGAAGGAAAAUAUUACAUUCAAGAGGAAUCACCAAAAACUGGUGCCUAUUGGAUGGAAUCCGGUGUGAAUUUUACUCGUGUCAAAAUUACAAAUACUAAAGAAUUGAAACCAAAUAAAAAUAUGAUUCAUGUCAAUAGUAUGCAUUAUUAUAUACCAAGAAUUUCUGUAGUUCGUUUAACAAACUUCCUUGAUCAUCAUCAAUCACAAUCUUAUCAUCUUACAUCCAAUUCAUCAAGAUUAUCUGAUCAGUCAAAUCAUCUGGAAUUAAUUGGUUCAUAUAUUAUACCUGGUACACAAUUCUACACAGUGACAGCUUAUCAAAAUCCCGACGUGAUACGGAUCAAAAUCAACAAUAAUCCUUUUGCAAAAGGAUUUCGAAAUCGUCAAGACACUGAUGAUUUCAAUGAGUUAGCUGUUUUAUCCGUGAUGAAUUCCAAAAACAAAUAUUUAACAACAUCAUCGUCAUCAUCCUCACUGACAUCAGUAAUAGAAUCCUCAUUCAGAUAUUCUAAAAAUAGUCCACAACUAUAUGAGUGA